AUGGAACCAUUGGAUUUAGGACCUCCAACAAUAGUAUGUGAACAUUGUGGAGCUCAACUUUGGUAUGAAGAGAGAACUGUAAAGUCAAAAACGCCUACAAAACCGAAGUUUAGUUUGUGCUGUUCUGAAGGAAAAGUUGAACUCCCUUUAUUGAAAGAACCUCCACCCUUUCUUGGAAACUUACUCAAUAUUAAUAGUGAUCAGAGAUCAAUAAACCUUCAACUAGGGAUAAGAAUCUACAACUCUCUCUUUGCUUUCACUUCUUUGGGGGGUAAUGUUGAUAGAUCAGUGAAUAAUGGUUCCGGUCCAUAUGUGUUUCGUGUAAAUGGUCAAACUCAUCAUAGAAUUGGAUCACUUCUUCCUGUCCAUGGCCAAAAACCUAAGUAUGCACAGCUUUAUAUUUAUGAAACUGAUAAUGAAGUUAAAAAUAGAAUUGAUGCAGUUAUACGUGAAGAUGAUAGAAAUUAUGUGGAUCUAGAUAUUGUUACCAGGUUGAUGGAAAUGUUAGACCAGUGCAACCAAUUGGUUAAAUGUUUUAGAAUGGUCAGGGACAGAUUUGAUGAAUCAGAUAUACAUAAUGUCAGAAUUCGUUUAAUACGAAGUCGCAAUUCUGGUGAAAGGCAAUAUGACUUACCUGUAACAUCUGAGAUAGCUGCUCUUAUUGUUGGAGAUUUUAAUAUUGAAAGUUCUGAUAGAGAUAUUAUUGUUAAGAAUCGAAGUUUAGGAUUGCAACGUAUAAAUGGAACUCAUCCAAGCUUUAUGGCAUUGCAAUAUCCAUUACUUUUUCUGUAUGGUGAGGAUGGGUAUAUGCUUGGUAUACCUUAUAGGAAUUUGAAUGGGAGCAAUUCUAGAAAAAGGGAAUCAAUAACAAUGAGAGAAUACUAUGCUUAUAGGCUUCAACAACGCUUUCAUGAGGGCAAGACAUUGUUGCUUGGUAGGAGUCUUUUUCGACAAUUUAUAGUGGAUGCAUACACUUCCAUCGAAGAAGAAAGACUACAAUGGGUUAGAUUCAAUAAAAAAAAAUUGAGGUCAGAGCUGUACUAUGGUUUGAAAGAUGCCGUUCUUCGUGGUGAUACAGAUCCCAUUAAUGUAGGCAAACGAAUAGUCCUACCAUCCUCAUUUAUUGGAAGUCCAAGGUACAUGGUUCAAAAUUAUCAAGAUGCAAUGGCGAUACGUAGAUGGGCAGGUUACCCAGAUUUAUUUCUUAUAUUUACUUGCAAUCCAAAAUGGCCAGAAAUCAUCAUUCCUUAG